AUGAAUGUUUGGCGACUUUUUCCUUCUAAGGCUGGACUAAUUGCUCGAAUCAAAAAGGAGUACAAGGUAAAGACAGUAACCAAGUCAGAUAAGUUGAUAGUACAAAGUGUAAUCAAUUAGCUAGCUAGUUAGAUAAAGUAUAAGUAACUGGGCUAAAAUUUUACAUUCUCUGAUAAAUUAAAAUGACAUGACUUUAAAAGAAAACUUAAAAUUCAAUAAAAAUGGUGCUAAUAUUACACAUGAGACACUUUUAUGUAUAACAACAUGAAUAUAAGGUAUAUUUUCAGUUAUACACUUAUUUUGCUCAAAAACCGGCUAGAAGAUUCACUAAGUCCGACUGGAUAUGGUAAGGUACUACGGUAAUAUAUAGUUUUAAUCGAUAGUUAUAUUGUCUACAACUCCCUUCAAUAACAUUACUUUUUAGCCUUCUAUCAACGAAAAACACUCGGGAAAGACUGGUAUACUGGGACUAUCAAACUGUGAGAGAUGGGUUUAUCGAGAGAAGGGUCAAGGAUGUUAGACUAGAACAUGAACAAGCCUCGGAAAUGGUAGGUUUGCUGUAUACUGUAAUUUAAAAAGUAAUGCAUCUGAUACUAUAAUAUUGUUUCAGGCGAAGUACGAGAAAGGACAAUCAGGAUACGGGUUCGGAGUGUUUGACCAGAACAGUAAGUGGUUACUGUAACUUUAAUCUUAUUUGAAAGUACUGUAAUUUUAUUAAUUUGAAUGUAAUCUAUCUGAUAUGAUAUUUAUGUAAUCGUCGUAUCUUCAAAUUUAUUUUCCAGAUUUGAUUAAAAGCUCUUUGAGAAGGCAAACCGAACGACGCAUAAAUCUACCUCCAAAGCUGGUACUGGAUCUACAGUACCUUCCUCAACUACCGUUUAAUAAUUUCGACAGACAAGUGGUCACAGCUACUGAGAUGAUCAAGGUAAGGUUAUUAAAUGUAUUUACAAAAUUGUGUUAUCCAUUUCUGAUGAUAUCGUCUAGGAAUACCGUGAUGUAUACAAAAGCAUCAGCAAUAUUAUUGUACAUUAAUUGAAAUAAUAUUAUUUUACAUUACCUGAGUUAAGAAAGAAAAUUCAGAACAACUUCUUCAACAAUCGCCUCUUCUUCCCCAUCAAGAUGAUCAACUACGACGAUUCAAAUACUUUGGUCAAGAGAUUUGUGUCAAAACUCAUGUCACGAUUCAGAGACCAAAUUCAUCCAUUACGGGUUCUACCUAACAAUCCCUACUGUAACGACCAGGAUACUGUAUACGUAACAAAACAUUCCAAUAAUACGCUGAGUGGAACGUUAACCAUGAAGAACAUUAUACUGCCACUUUCUAACGACAGCCCAAACAGUCAGAAAUAUGCCAUAUCCAAUGGUAUUCCCAGUGCUCACCUUCCUAUCAAGGAAAGCUUCCCGUAAGUUAUACGUAUUCUAUCAAGUUGGACUAAGUACUAUCAUGUAUAAUAUAACAGCCCACACAUUUACUAUUGUGGAAAUUGUAAAACAUCCAUGAAGAUAACAAAACUAACUCCUUUGUAGCAUUUAUGAUGGUUCUACAACCAAGCUUAACCUCGGCAUUGUCCACAACAUCCUCACCGACGUCUACUUCACUGGUGGAGACUGGCCAUUGUCCGUGAAGGCGAACUAUCGUCCAAACCACCUUAUACCUUCGGAAGAAAACGUACGUCCAGAGUUCUCAGAGGAAAUUAAGAAGAAACGGUUGAAAAGAAUAGAAGAUCGUCAAUGGAUUGGUGUUAUGAUACACGAAACCUUGAGGAAACGGGAGAAACUCUCGAAGAGUUAA